AUGACUCGUCGGUUUCCGUCGACUUUGAAACAUUAUGAAUCAUUACUUGAGGAUCAACCUUACUCUAUCUUGUCCAUUGAACUUGCACCGACUGAUGGUGUCUUCGUUGAAAAAUUUCGUUCUCCACUUCCACAGAUCAUUAGUAAUAGAAAAGACAUGUUGUACAUGUACAGCCCUGUAGAGAUGACAUUCUAUAUUAAAGUUGGUAACAAUGAAGCUCAAGAAUUUUCAAUUAAUGAAACAAAAACACAAGAUAUUGUUGAUUAUGUAGAAGUGGUAAAUUGUAAGAUCUUGCUUUGGUUUUUCAGGGAGAAGAAGCAUACAAAAAAUGGUCUGACGAAUUGAAAAAUAGAUUAUUACCUACUGACUGGUCAUUUCAACAGCAUGACUCUUCUUUUGGUGGAUACACUAGUUGCCAAGGUGAAUUUAAACUACAAGGAUCUGACAAAUACAGAGAAGCAAUCUACCAAACCACGAAAAACAGACUACGAUGAAUUUGGAGUAAUCAUCGAUUGACAAAUAAUUAGAUCAACGCUAUAAAUACGCGACAAUUUUCUUAUUUCUGCAGCUAAUUUUUGUUAUUCAAUAUAUUAUUCAUACUUUUAAUCAUUUUGAUUUCUAAAUAUUGGCCUAUAAUCGAUCUAAAUAUUUAGAUAUAGAGGAGUUGAAGACCUAUGUAGAUAUGACUAAGUAGAGUACAUUCAUUCUUUUGUCUUUUGUUUUUAUAGAAACAACAAAUAUUCCUAUUUGCUUGCAUGCAGUUUAUCAGAUCAAUAUGCUUCUGUUAGAUUUUUAUUAUCUUUUUACUUGGAAUAGUACGUAUAUAAAGAUAUUGACCAUUGAAAAUACAAGCAAAGUUCAUAUAAUUAUCUUGCUUUCUUGUGUAAAUUACUUCAUUAAGUUAUGUACCAAUGUGUCUAUGAAAUCAAAGUAUUACGGAUUUGUCGUGUUGACAUGAAUAUUCUUCAAUAGAUUUUAUUUUGUUUCGAUAUAUAGAAUAUAAUUCAAGAGUUCUAUUCAACUUUUCAUAUAAUACUACUGACUCCGAUAGAUUUUGAGGCUGCACACUAAUUUAGUUGAUAAAAAUGAAAUUCUUUUCUUUUGAUUUCUAAAAUUAAUAAAGCACAAGCUAUUCUUCCUUGAAUAGAAUUUUACAAAUGUUGCGACUAUAUGUGUCACACACUUGCGAAACUCGUGCAAGUUUUUUUAUUUUUUGUUAUCACGCACACGGCAUACGGAACAAUACAAGAAAAGUAAAAGACAAGUAUAAUCGCAUGCAAUCACGAUGGUUUACGGUAAUAAUGAAGGGUACAAUUAAGCUGAUGAUAUUUGAUUCGUAAAUGUCCGAAAGAAGCCGGUGCAAUACGGCCCGUAAUAUUCAGAUUUAAAUGCAUUUUCUGUGCGCAUGGAGGUAGUAAGCAAUAUAAAUUUCAUUGAACUUCGUAAGAUUUACGUGAUCAAAAAAAGAUCGAAGUGAACUACUUGAGGGUUUACUUCGAUGGUAACUCAUAAUUGAAUCUAGACGUUUUUUCCUAGGACAUAAGAUAAAAAUAAAUCAAAUAAUUAGUUCUCUGAACCUCCUGAAUUUCACAAGAAUUUCGUUAUUGAUAACAGCCGCAUUUCUAAAUGCAUAGAUUGUGUAUGCCAUACUGAAAUUUUGUAAAAACAAUUCUUAAUCGAUUUAAAAUUCUUCACUACCAAUAAUAGUUGUCUCCAAUAAAACUCUUAUAACAGAUGAGACUUUCGAGAGAUAUAUACUUAGUUAGUGACUUAUCAGUAAGGAAAGCCAACUUCAAAACUUCUGCACCCUCUAGAUUCUUAAAAAUAUAAAAUUCGUUUUUGCUGCCUUGUAUGAUUCGUAUCUACGCUAAUAAUAUUAUCUUAUUACAGCUUAUUCCUGAUGUUAUUAUCAACGUUUGCUUGAAGUUUUUCGGCAACAUAUGAUCAUUUUUCCUAGGGUAUCAAAUAAUUAAGUUUUGAUAAGCUUUAUUUCUGAGAUUUCCAUGUUUUACUUUGUCAAAUGUUAGAAAUGAAUAAAUCAUUUUCAUUCAGGCUUCUAUCUAUGAAUAUUUUAAAGUCUAAGAUCAGUUUUAUACCGAUCUAAGUUCUAUCGAGAGUUUUUUGUGACAAAAAUUCUAUGAUUUCAAUAUUAAUCGAAAGUCAAGUUCAGGGAAGAAAAUGUUUUUUUUAAGAAUCUGUGAAAUAUUAUUAAAAUCAAAAUUAAAUAGCAUAAUCUCGAUUAUUAAACACAUGAAUAUAAGAAAUAGUUCCCAUUAAACUUAAAUAACAAUAUGUCUUCUCAUUGAUAGCGUUGCAAUGUGUACUUGAUGAGUUUAUGUCUAGCUUUUUGUGUACUCAAAAAGUGAGUACACUCUAGAAUCGGUCAGUGUGUCCGGCGGGCCGUAGGCACGAUAACUUUUGAAAGCCUCAUCCAAUUACCAUGAAAUUUUGUACACAGAAUGAUCUCAUCAAUAUCUCGGUCUAGUUCGAANCAAAAUGCACAAAAACUGCAUCCAGAAAUCAAAUUGCCUAGUUUCUCAUGAUAAUUUUGGUGUUCAGACAUUCUAGAAUGACUCAUAUGUCCCAUGCACUUUUUACAGUACACAUAACUCUCGAAUGAAAUCCGAAGUUUCCACAUUUAUUUAAAAUAAGCUUUAAGCAUAAUCCAGUAGUACUCAAUGGUUGUCAUUGUGAUACAAUCAUAAAAUAUAAAACGAAAUUCACCACCAACUUGUCUGAAAUCGCAGAGAUAAUCUCACAUUGUUAAUACAAAUCUUUGCAUGUUACUGAUUUUAUUCUGCGACGGCACACGAAAUGAGUACUAUGCGACUCCGUUUGUUUACUUUCGUUUGUUCUUCAGCCACAUGGUUAUUUUCUUCUGAGCUGAAUUUUAUUUUUCUAUAAUGCAGGUUUUUUUUAAUUCUUUACUUACUUUUCAAGCGUACGCGUUGCUAUUUGUAUUGUCAGCAUAUUAAAGCAUCAACACUAUGCGAGACUAUACACUAUGAGAUAUAAUUAAUUUAACAUUUUAUAGAAAACUUAGAGCCAAUGUUGAUUUGACUAGUUAUUAAAUUAAUCUAUAGAGAAAUUUCCUAAAUAGUGCUUCUCUUCAAUUGAAGCAAGAUUUCAGUGGUCUUAUUUAAGAAGUAAUUAUGAUUACAAACAUGCGUAGGAUAAUCUAACCAGCUUCAAAGAUGUCAAUCACCCAUAGAUCAAAGUUCAGACAACAAUUAGAACUCAAAAGCUCACUCAAUCUCACGUAAGUUUAUGCAUUCUAUUGUAUCUGUUCUUCUGCUGCUUAUGACUGUUGACUUCUUUUUCAUAACGACAUUAAGUAAGCACCUUCAUUCCUUGUUGAGUUACACAUUUUUUAUCAUGAAAUAUCACAUUCUAAGUAACAAUAAGAGUACGUUAAAAUUGACAUUGUCACUCUCACAUGAAUUUUUUUUCUAUUCUGCUAUGUGUGAUUCUAUCAAUGCUGUUUGCGAUUUAUUUUUAAUGAAACCUUCGACCACGGGUAAAGUAUGUCUCUCGUUUUUAUUUUACUCUUGAAUCGAUAUUUCAACUUAAAUUGAAAAAUAAAAUGCAAAUCUGAUUCACAAUCAGAAUUGAGCAGUAGUAGUAUUUUUAGGAAGCUAUGAAGUGUAGAUCUCCUCAGUUUCGUGUCGUGCCUUUAUCAAUUUUCUGUAUUGGUAAGAAUAAGUAUUUGUUUUUGUUCCAGAUGAUACGUCAGUAGAUCAGUCUAUCUUGAUUCGACUAUAUUCAACAUUCUAAUGAGAGAAUUCCAUGUACAUGUGCACAUCAAAGAACAAAACUAAAUUUAAUUGACGCCCAGGCCCUUAUCAGCUGAAUAUUCGGUUUUCAGCAACGUAAUUUUUAAAAAUUUCGUUCUAGAACUAUAUCUUCAGAUUAUUUCAUUUCUGAAACGAAACCGUUCAGUAGAUAAAAGCUAGAAAAUGAUUCGAUAAGUAAUAUGAAAAAUAGCUUUCAAUGGAUACUUAAUGGUCUUUCUUCGUAUAAAUAAUAAAAAAAUCUAAAACAAUAAUUAGUUCGAUCCUUUAGGAAGAAAAGUGUUUAGUCUAUAUGUUCAAUUCAAUUAAAGUGAUGAUCCUACCAAUAUAUCUCCCUUCUUUAUGAGAAUCAAGUAAAAGUUAAGAUUAUUAUUACUCAAAUAUAUGUAUGAAAUCAGAAACUAUAUUACAAACCCAGGAUACUCUGUUAUGUUCACAUUGAUAAUUAUUACAAGAACUUCUUGUAUGAGAUGUCCAUAUUGUUGAAGAAUUCCAAGUAAGAAAAAAAAAUUCCCCACAAGAGCACGAUACUAACGAUAAACAUAUAUAUAUGUUACAGUUGACAUGAGAAUUUAGUUGAGAUUGGAAUAAUAUAUUUAAUUAAAGAUAGAGCAAAUAGACAAAAAAGACAGCGAAGAAAAGAAAAGAAAAACGAUUUUCGAAAAUCAAAUUGCAAAUAAAGUUAUAUGAACGAUGUGGAAACUUUGUCUAUGAGUUAAAUUUAGCAAAGUAUUUUCCAAUUAAUCAUAAUUCCCAUGUGUUUCAUUACGAUGAAACUGCGGCGCAGU